UUUAUCUGCCCUCACAUGGAGAAAAUUACAAAUGGGCUGAAAACAACUCUUGAUGUCCAGCAUGUUGCCUUAAUCCAGAUCGCUGUUAAAUCCGGGUCCUGAUGGGACUGGAUGGUUUUAAUCCAGAAUAAUCUGCCCUUUCACUGAAACGGCUGAAGCAUCCAGGUUUCUGCUCCAGCAGUCUGCAGAAACUCCUUCCUGCAGGUUUAUCCUCCAUCUUUUCCUCCUCCUGAGUCAUGGGGAACUCCAUGGGUUGCGUUCGGCCUCUUCGUGAGGCCGAUCCGGACGCAGCACCGACUCUUUCACCGAAGAAGCGUCUGCGUUUCAGACGGAAGCAGAAGGGAAACAAGAACCGGAGAGCGGAGGAAGAAAAAGCGGACCAGCAGCGACUGCGAUGCUCUGAGCCCGAAGAGGACGAUGCAGAGAAAAGACCAGAGUGUUCAGAGCACAGCAGAACCGGGCCAGAAUCCCACUUAGGUCACCUCAGAGCCGACCCACACAGUAGCACCCUGUCCCCCGCCUCUGCUGGGGGGCUGCUGAGCAGCAGAAAACUGGAGUCGACCCCCAAACCCAGCCCAGCCUGGAGAGGGGUCUUCUGCCUUCCCGGGGAGGAGGACACCGUCAGCGCCAUCAUCGACGUCUCCAGCCUGCCGAGCCAAACCGCCGCCACCACCCCGGUCAACGCCGCGCCGGCCCUGGGCAGCACCACGCCAGGCGGGGGCAGGGUCUGCCUGGUUCGGGAGAAAGUUCAGGGGGUUAUAGAAAAGCCCUGGAUCCAGAAGAGGAAGGAGGAGACGGACAAAGUGAACAAGGAAGGAAACGGGAGCAAGGCGGCGGCGGGUAGAGCUCCUGUGAAGGAGCGUAAAGGUGUAGUCCACAUCCGAGAGGUGGACGGGAAGCUGUGCGUGGUGAGGAUGGUCUACCCCAGCGAUCUGGGCUCCCCGCUCCGCAAAGACGAAGAUGAGGUGGAAGUUCACAAAGAGCCUCCCGCACCAUCACCCGUCACUGGGAAUAUUCUGAAAGUCCAGCUGGUGGAAAACAAAUCAACGGGUGGGUCCCCCACCUCCUCCAAGGAGCUCCAGGACACCAUGAAGGCCUUCAGGCUGGAGCCGCAGGGGAAGUCGUCUCUGUUUGAGUCGGGUUACUCCAGCGAUCUCCCUCCCACAUCCCCAGAAACAGCUGGUACCACUCCCAGUCAGACGGACUGGGGAGGCCUGACCAGCAGCUCGUCCGAGAAACUGGACUCCACCAUGGAGAGUCCGCUGGCGCCGGAGAAGCAGGUGGUUUCCAAACCCCUGCCUCAGAUCUCUGAGAUCUACGUCUGCGGCGAGUCGGCCGACCUCACGGCCAAAGAGAAGCUGCUGCUAUGGAGCCAGCAGGCCGUGGAGGGCUACCCCGGCCUCCGCUGCAGCAACUUCAGCUCGGCAUGGAGCAACGGACGCAUGUUCAACGCUCUGCUGCACAGAUACAGGCCAGACCUCAUCGACAUGGAGGCCGUGGCCCGGCAGAGCAACCGAGAAAACCUGGAGCAGGCCUUCGAGAUCGCCGAGUCGUUAGGGGUGACGAGACUCCUGGACGCUGAGGACGUCGACGUUCCCUCUCCAGACGAGAAGUCAGUUAUCACGUACGUCUCUUCCAUUUACGAUGCCUUUCCUAAAAUCCCAGAGGGAGGAGAGGGCAUCUCUGCACAGGAAGUGGACCAGCGCUGGUCGGAGUACCAGUCCGGCUUCUCGUCUUUGCUCCAGUGGAGCCGCCAGCAUACAGCCCUCAUGGCCAAGAGGAACUUCCCCCAGAACCCUGUUGAACUCAAGGCACUUUAUAACGAGUACAUCCACUUCAAGGAGGCGGAGCUCCCCGCCAAGGAGACGGAGAAGUCCCACAUCCAGCACCUUUUCAAGCUGCUGGAGGUUUGGAUCGAGUUCGGUCGCAUUAAGCUUCCUCAGGGCCUCCAUCCCAACGAGCUGGAGGAGGAGUGGGGCAGACUCAUCCUGGAGAUGCUGGAGAGGGAGAAGGCCCUCAGGCCGGCCGUGGAGAGGGUGGAGCUGCUGCUUCAGCGAGCCAACAAGAUCCAGAACACGGCGGUGGACUGCGAGGAGAAGCUCACCCUGGCUAAGAACACCCUGCAGGCUGACAUGUCUCGAGCCGACAGCGGCGAGGCGGUGCAGUGUGAGACAGAAAUGGUUCGCUACCUGCAGGACUGCGAGGCUCUGAUCCGGCAAAUCGAGCAGGAUCUGAAAAUCCUGCGAGAAGAGAAAUAUUACCAGGUGGAGCAGCUGGCGUUCAGAGCUUCCUGCCUUCAGGAGGAGCUGGUCUCCCUCCGGCUGCAGUGCUCCAGCGUCUACAGGAAGGGCCACUUCUCUCAGGCCCUGGGCCCCGCCGGCACGGAGCCACCCUGGCAGAGAGCCACAGACGGAGGCCUCUCUCUGGGACAGACCCUGCUGGGAGGCAUGGGGGCGGUCGGAGCCGCUCUCCUGCGGCGGCCGAUGGCGCGCUCCCAGCUGGUGGCCAUGUCCUCCUCAGAGGAUGAAGGAAGCCUGAGAUUCAUCUACGAGCUGCUGGGAUGGGUGGAGGAGACGCAGGAGCUGUUGGAGGGAGCGGAAUGGGGUGCAGACCUCCCCUCUGUAGAGAACAACCUCCAGGAGCACAACACCAUCCACACGGCUGUGGAGGAACUGCUGAGCAGCCUGCAGGAGGCGCGCAGCUACCAGGCUAAAGUGUCCCCGAACUUUAAAGGCAGUUACUCUGAAACCCUGGCCAAACUGGAGCACCAGUACUGCAAGCUACUGGAACAUUCGUCAUGCCGCCUGCAGAGCUUGGAGAGCCUCCACGCGUUCGUGUCGCGCUGCACCGAGGAGCUGAUCUGGCUCAACGAGAGGGAGGAGGAGGAGAUCUCCUUCGACUGGAGCGAAGGCAACGCCAACAUGGCCGCCAAGAGGGAAGCGUACAACGAGAUGAGGAUGGAACUGGCAGAGAAACAGGAUGUGAUGCGUUCCAUCCAGGAAACGGCAAGCCGCCUCUGUCAGGAAAACCAUCCAGCCAAACAGACCGUGGAGGCCUACAGUGCAGCCCUGCAGACUCAGUGGCAGUGGGUGGAACAGCUGUGCGUUUGUGUGGAGCAGCAUCUCAAAGACAACACCGCCUACUUCCAGUUCGUGAGCGACGCGAGGGACUGUGAGUCGUACCUCCGCCAGCUUCAGGACACCAUAAAGAGACAAUAUACCUGCGACAAGAACAGCAGACUGAGCAAACUGGAGGACCUGCUGCAGGACUCCAUGGAAGAAAAGGAGCAGCUGAUCGAGUACCGCAGUACGGUGGCGAGCCUGGUGGGACGGGCCAAGACGGUGGUCCAGCUCCGGCCCCGCACCGCAGCGAGCCCGCUGGAUGGGGCCACGCCCAUUAGAGCCAUCUGUGACUACAAACAGAUCGAGACAAACGUCCAGAUCACCAUAAACCGAGGAGAGGAGUGUGUGCUGGAGGACAACUCUCAGAGGACCAAGUGGAAGGUGAUCAGUCCCACCGGGAAUGAAGCCAUGGUUCCCUCGGUGUGCUUCAGCGUCCCUCCUCCGAACCAGGAGGCUAUCGACACGUCCAGCAGGGCAGAGCAGUUGUACCAGAAGGUCAUGUCUCUGUGGCAUCAGCUGCAUGUGAACAUGAAGAGCGUGGUGACGUGGAACUACCUCCAGAAAGACAUCAGGACCGUCUCCGGAUGGACCCUGGACACGGUACGCAGUCAGAGUCCGUCGGAGCGCCGCCAUGUCCUGGAGCACCUGGGGUCCCAGCUGGCCGACUUCCUGUCUGACAGCAGAGAGAGCUCGCUGUUCACGACGGCUGAGAGACGGGAGCUGGAGAGCGAGGUUCAGCGGGCGCAGCAGCACUGCCAGGACCUGCUGCACAACAUGGAGACAGCGGAGAAGGACGAGUCUGUGUCUCGGUCCUACCUGUCGGAGCUGCAGGACAUCAGUCUGCGUCUGAGCGACACCGAGCGGAGGCUGAUGAGAGCCAUCGAGACGCCGCCUCCCAGCCGCCUGUCAGGCGGCAGCUUUGACAACACACAGCGGAUCACAGAGCAAGAGAAGCUGAAAUCCGAGCUGGACUCUCUGCGCUCCAGCCUGGGCGACGUCUCCCGCCGCUGCGUUACUUUCUUCGAGGAGAAGCCGUCGUCCUCCAGCGUUCCCGUCCUCCGCUCCGAGCUCAGUCAGGCUGUGGAGCGGACGGACAGACUGAACAGCCUCUCAGCCGUCUACUUGGAGAAGUUAAAAACAGUAGACUUCCUGAUGCGGAGCCUGGAUGAAACUGAGAGCCUGGUGAGGAAGUAUGAGAGCAGACUGAGUGAAGAGGACAUCGUUCCUGCAGAUACAGCAGCCAUUCAGAACCUCAGACAGCAGCUCGGGAGGUGGCAGGCUGAACUUUCAGAACAAGAAGAGAUUUUCCAGGCCCUGCAGGUUCAGGUGGAUCGGGCCAAAGAGGCAGGAGCCGAGCUCGGCAAGCUGCACCCGGACCGCAGCCCUGAGCUGGAACGGUACCAGGAAAGAGCCAAUCAGAUGGCAGAGAGGUGGAGUGGAGUCAAACGGCAGACAGAAACACGGCAGUCCGAUCUGGAAGUUGUGGGCUCGGCGCUGCAGCAGUACAGAGAGAACCACUCAGCCCUGAUCAGGUGGAUCGAAGAGACGACAGAAAGACAGGAGAGCGCCCAGCCUGGACAGAUGGACAGCAAGGCGCUGUCAGAACAACUGGCCCAGCAGACGGCAUUGGUAGCUGAAAUCGAGCAGAACCAGACCAAACUAGACGAGUGCCAGACCUACUCCAAACAGUACUCCAUCACUCAGGAGUUUAUGGAUCUGCGAACGCGUUACACAGCCUUAGUCACUUUGACAACCCAGCAUGUGAAGUACAUCAGCGAUGCACUGAGAAGACUGGAGGAAGAGGAGAAAGAGGUAGAGGAGGAGAAGCAGGCCAGGGUGGGCCAGGUGUCAGAGCUGCUGGGCUGGGUCAAAGGCCUGCAGGGCCGGACCAGGGGUCCCAGCGCAGAGUCUUCACUUGCUGCUCAACAGGCCAUCAGUGAGCAGCUGGCAGGCAGGAAGGAGCAGGUGGCUGAAGCCAUCAGGAGCACGCAGGGCUUCCUGUCUUCCAAACAGGCCACCAAAUUGUCUCCGGAGGAGCGCGCUCAGGUGGAGGCUCAGCUGGAGGAGCUGACGGCCACCUACAACCAGCUUCUGGACAGCUCCACCCAGCAGCUGCAGCAGCUGGAGCAGCAGCUGGCCGAGGAGGAGGAGAGAAAGAACCAAGCCGCCAUCGCUGGAGUGAUCGACCUGGGAACAGUGGAAACCUUCUCGGUGUUUCAGGCGGCCCAACGUGGCCUCAUUGACCAGGACACCUGCUGUGUUCUGCUGGAGGCCCAGCUGGUGCUUGGUGGACUCUUCAAACCAAACUCAUCUGAGAUUUAUUCUUUGAAUGAGGGUCUAAAUGAAGGCCUUGUUGAUGCUAACACAUGUCAAUCAUUAGCUGAACUUGAGAGUGCCUUAAUGUUGAUAAGCGAGCCUGUGGGUGAUCAAAAACGUCUACCUGUAGCUGUGGCCAUGGAGUCUGGAUUGAUAAGAGAAGAUGUUGGACUUCGUAUUCUCGAACUCCAGAUCAACAGCGGUGGACUCAGAGAUUCAUGUGGGAAGGUUAUGAGUUUCGAGCAAGCUGAGGAUAUGAGAGCUUUGUCACCCAGGAUCUUCAACAAACUUCAGUCUAGGCUUCAGCUAAGAGAGCUGCUCGAUCCAAACACGGCUGAAAAAGUAAACCUUGAGGAGCUGAGGCUCCGUUGUAUUCCUGACGAGGGUCUCCUUCUCUUUCCUGUCAAACAGCAGCCCGGAGGAACUGUUUGCCUCCGAUCUGGAAGAAAAGUUGGCAUCUUUCGUGCUGUUCAAGAAGGACUGAUUGACCGUGCCGUUACCGUAAGACUCCUCGAGGCUCAGCUCUUUGCCGGUGGCAUUAGUGACCCACGUUCAGGUCACCGGCUGACGAUUGGGGAGGCUGUGCGCCAUGGGCUUAUGGACCAGGAUUUAGCUUGCACUAUGUUAGCACGACAACUGCAGAACGGGGGAAUUAUCGACCCGCUUGGUGGAGAACGUGUAGAUUUAGAGGAAAGCAUCCGCAGGGAUCUUCUUUCCCCUCGUUUAGCCCUGUUGGUUCUUGAGUCUCUUUGGACUUUUACAGGACUCCUUUGGCCUGAAUCAGGAGAAAUCAUGCCAAUUACUGAAGCUUUUGAACAAGGGGUGAUUUCAGGAGAUUUACCAAGAAACGCCUUAAGACAAAGACAUGUUAUUGGAGGGCUGUACAACCCAGAAACCCUUCAGGUGUUGCCCCUUAAUCAGGCUGCAGAAAAAGACCUCGAACCAGAUGUUGUCAGAUGUCUCAGAGAUAUUCAUAUACCAGACGUUCUCUACAACAUGAAUCCAUCUGGUACCCCAUCACUAAACAGACUAAGCUGGGGAUCCAUUAGCUCCUCUCCACCACCUCUAUCAUCUCCUCUAUCAUCCUUCACAUGGGAAUCUUCCCUAACUGAUAGAGUUGAUCAUGAAGACCAAGCCCAACACAAGCUCCUCUUUCACCUUAUGACUCACAGUUAUGUAGAUGCACAUUCUGGAAAGCGGUUGGUGCUGCUCGACAACGAUCUCCUUCAGUUGGCUAAAACCACUGGUUUCACUGCAGUAGAAUCAGUUAAAGAAAAUAAAGAAAUGUCCAGUUUAGAAAGUAAGAUACCUUCAAUGACACCCAGAGAAGGAGAGGAUGAUGAAAAGGAGGCAACAAAGCAUCAAGACAAGGUUUUAGUUGAAACUGUUCCCCAAGUUCCAUCAGUGGAAGAUGUUAACAGUCAGAGAGUGCAAGAAAAUAUACCAACACUUAAGGAAAAUAAAGACUUUAAUCUGUCAGAGGUUCAAGAAAUCAAAGUUACAGAAGUUUCACCAGCAAAUUCGGCAAGGAUGCAACAGCAUGUACCUGGUGCAGACCGUGACGGCAAGCACUCGGAGAUGGUAGUUGAUGGCGAACAAUUGAUGGAGGAGUCCCAGGACGAUACUGAGUUGGAGAGAUUAGUCCUUCAACUCAAACAGGGAGGUUUAAUGACAGAGGAAGGAGAGAAGCUGCUGCCAGAUGAAGCUGUAGCUCAGGGCGUCCUUCCUGGCCAUACAGCAGUUAAACUGAUGGCUCAGGCUGGCCUGUUUGGGGGAUUCUUGGAUGCCACCAGCGGGGAGUCACUGAGCUUGGAGGAAGUCAUGCAGGAGGGUUUAUUAGAUGAGGAUCUCAUGUGGAGUGUCCUGAAGUCGGAUAAAACCCUUGCAGGUGUUGUAGAUGUAGAGAAAGGUCAGAUUCGUGGGGUUAGGGAUGCAGCUCAGGCUGGACUUAUUGAUCCCAACACCGCCGCUCGACUUUUGGAAGCUCAGGUUGUAUCUGGAGGGAUUGUUGACUUGUGCAGGGAUAAGAAAGUCUCUGUGACUUUAGCAGCAAACAUGGGUCUGAUCGAAGAAGGACAAAGGGAGGAGCUGAUUGCACUUGAAAAAGCAUUCAAAGGAAAGAAUACAGACUCUGCUACAAGCCUCAGAAAAGCCAGUUUACAGCUACAGAUGGAGGGUGUUGUUGAUCCAGAGUCCAAGUCUGUGGUUCCCUUAGAACAAGCAAUUAAGAAAGGGCUGAUUUCAUCUGAUGAGGCAUAUCAGGUGCUUGCAAGACAGGUGGCUGAAGGUGGAAUAAUCCACCAUGCUUCAGGAAUGAGACUCUCCGUUUCUGAUGCUGUAGAUAGAGGACUAGUGGAUCGGUCCAUAGCUCCUGGGCUUGAGGAACUAGAAUGGAUCUAUCGAGGAAAAGUCAGUCCCUCAACUAACCCAGAGGCAAUUGCUUUCCAGGCAACAACUGGAGCUGUUUUAGACCCUGAAAAUGGAGCUAAGCUGACCCUGACAGAGGCUGUGUCCAGGGGACUUCUUGAUGAAUCCAUAGCCACCGAAGUCAUGGCUUCCCCCACUCUAACACAAGGAACCAUUGACCCAAAAGCUGCACAGAUUGUGCCUUAUUCAGAGCUUGUGAAUCAGGGCAAGAUAGAUAUUGAGACGGGGAAACGCUUCUUGGAAGUGAGGCCAUUCCAAGGUGUUCAGGAUAAAGAAACCUUGGAAAUCCUGACCCUUCCUGAGGCAGUUGCUUUGAAGCGGGUUGACCCAGUUCCAGCUGUGAGGCUGCUCCAGAGCCAGGCAGACACCGGUGGGAUCAUUGAUAUCAGGACCGGAGAGCGGCUUACUCUGCCUGAAGCUUCUGCCAGAGGUUUAGUAGUUGGUGAUAUGGUCAGAGAGAUAGCCAUGAAUCAGUUUGUCAAAGGAGGCUUAGUUGAUCCAGCGACUGGACAGCGCGUCUCAAAUCUUAGUGAUGCCAUUGCCCUGAAGCUGGUAACUACAGACCUGGCCUCAGAGAUCCAGGAGAAAGUACAGGAAAGUUUGACUAAUAAACCCAUCAUAGCUACAGGGUUAAGCAAAAAGACUUCAGAAAAUCUUUCUGCUGUGGAGGUUAGGGCAUCCUCAAUAGCUCCAUGCUCUGUAAAAAGUUUAGAAGUCGAGCAGGAUCAUGGCAAAACACUGAGAAGUGACAUUUUCGAUCAGUCACUGAUGCAUGCAGAAGUUGAGGUAGCAACAGAAAAAGAAUCAGUGGAGGUAAAGUCUUUGACACAGCCUGACCAAUCCAUGGAUAUGUUAUCCAAGUUUGCAUCUAAUGUUGAGAAAAGAAUCCGGUUAGCCAUUGAUGAGAUAAUGCCACAAAAAGACAACAGUGAACUGGAUAAUCUUCUCCUUCAGGAAACCGGUGACACAGUGCAAGACGAUUACAAAGAAAGAGAAAACAUUAUCACCGACUCUGUUAGAGAAUCCACCCAGAUGCUUAUUGAUUAUAAUCAAAAGGACUCAAAGAUAGAGGUCCAAAAUGAAGAUGGGAAAGAGCCAGAGAAAGAUCAGGAUGCAGACUUUGGAGCAAUGGAGAACACAGUCCCAGUCAAUUUUGUUUCUGAAGAUGGGAAAUUAUCUGAAAUUACAGUCCACAGGGAGGGCAAAGGUCCUCCUGCAUUACCAGUGGUGAAUGAGGAUGUUAAAGAAGACCGUUCUAAAACCAAAACCAGCACAGAUGUGGAGCAGUCAGCUCAGGUAUUGUCUUCCACUAGUAAAGAGUCGGUCAACAAAAGCAAAAAGAAGAGGAAGAGUAAAAAGAAGGUAAAGGGAAAAGAUGACGAAAAUGAAACUCAUCUUCCAGAGAUUGAACCCAGAGAUGAAACUGAUCAAACCAGUCCAGGAAUCCCACGGGAUGCUAAGAUCACAUUAGAGGAAACCCUAACUAAAUCAGUCCUUUAUCAAUCCCCCAAAGACACUUCAGCUGAAGACACACAAGAAAAGUUUGUUGAGAAACCAAAGACUGAAAAGGUUUUAGCUGAAAAUAAGCAAGAGGUUGUUUCUCAUCAACCAAGCUCUCAGGUGGAGACCGAUACAGCUGAAAAGAUGUCAUAUAAGAUUCCAGAAAAUGUUGGGAACACGGGAGAUGUGAAAACAAAGGAGGAAGAGCACAAAGAAUCCACAAAGAAAACUAUGAGCGCAAAGCGAAUUAAUGAACCGGUUAUAAAGCUCCCAUCUCAGACAGAUGAAAACCACCCAGAAAUGCCACAGGUGGACACAGAAGAAAGCAGAUUAAAACAAAAUUAUCAGGAAUCAGUUUCUUAUGAUCCUUCAGCCACAACUGAAACUAGGAAGGAUGAGACUGAAAGACCCUUGGUUGGCAUGCAGCGGGACGUUGUUUCUACUCCACCAAGCUCUCAAUUGGAGAAAGGUGCAACUGAAAUUAUGUUAGUUGAUGCGAUGAAUGAUGCCAUGAGGGAGGGGGAUAAGAAAGGGCAACCCGAGAGGGUUUUAACUGAAAAACAGUCAGAAGAACUAAACAUGACUCACCCAUCUCAAACUGUUCAGACUGGUGUAGACAUAUCAGAGAUGCAGCAGGUUUCUCCUGUAGACGGAGAAGAAAAAACAUUUAAGAAAAACCUACGGGCGGUCAGCUCUUAUGAUCCUCCAUCUCAUAAUGACCCACACUCUGAAGAGAGAACAGAAAAGAUUGAAGGGACAGUUAAGACCAAGAAAGGUUUGGGUAAACAGGAGCAGAGGGUUGGUUCUUUUGAACAAAAUAUUCAGAUGGAGAAAGAUAAAGCCAGUACAGCACUAAUUAGGCCUGCAGAAACCAUAAAACAGGAAGAUGGAGGGAUAUCAACCAGGUUUCUAAAGGCACAAAAAGACGAAAAACCAACUGAGACUGAUCAAGAGAGUCCAGAAGGGCCACAUGUAUUUCCGGUUGACACAUUUGUUGAGAAGAUACCAAAAUCCGACACUAAUGGCCUUUCAGAAUCUGCCCAACCUCACUUUGGAGAAGGCAUGGAAAGGACUGGUGGGAAAGCUGAGACGGUCUGUGGUUUGGUCGAACAGAAGCAGGAACAGAUAUUUCUUGGACCAGGUGUGGAGAUGAAGAAAGAUGCAGCAAAAAUGGCCUCGCCGAAGACCCAACAGAAGGUUUAUGAGGAGGAAGAUAUUGAAAGGGAAUCUAUGAAGACUUUACUGGCACACCCACAUGAAGAACCCGAGAACAAUCAGGACAUGAAUGAGAGCGAGGAAAAGGAAUCAUGUCAAAAAUCAACUCUUAAAGAUGAUGAAAAAGCUGCCUUGAUACUGAAAGCAAAAGAAAGCAUUUUGAAGAAGGUGUUUGAAAAAGGAGUGAGUGAAAAGCAGGCAGCUCGAGAGCUGGAGGCACUGAGACAGAAGGAGGUGAGGAAGAAGCAAAGUAAGGGUAUGACUGAAGGUGAUAAGAGUACAGAAACCAAGAGAAACUCUGGUUUACCAAAAGACUGUGACAACCAAGGAACUGCUGAAAAGGACACAGUGGAGCUGGAGAAAUAUCCUACAGUUGUUCUUUCAUCUCAAGAAAACCUGGGAGGUAAACCCAAAGAAACAUCUUUAGGUGAAAAGAACACUGACCAGAAAGAUGCUGGGGCUCUCCCUGCAGGCUCUAGAAAUAAAAGAAGCAAGAGGAGCAAGAAGCUCCGAAGUCUAACGUCAACUGGAGAUGAGCCCGAGAUGGAGAAGGUAUCCAUGGAUCUGAAAGAUACAACCAAAUCAGCUGCAGAUCCAAAGUUGGACAGCGCAAAUUUGGCUAAAGACCCGAGAAUUUGCCUCGAUACUGAAGGCCGCUCGGCCGAUGGCAAUGUCAAGAAGCCCAAGAGUCUAAAACCAAAAACUGAGAAAGAAAGACUAACUGCAGUUGGGGAAUCUGAUUCUGGCCCAAAAGAUCCAAAGAUUACCUCAAAAUCUGCUCCUAAUCAACGUUCAGAAAGCAGAGUUUUGUCUGAAGACCUGAAGUCGAGCGCUGAUACUGACCGGUCAGUUGGUGCCACUGCCAAGAAGCCCAAGAGUCUAAAACCAACUAAAGCUCAGCCUGAUGGGAAGAGGGAACCCACAGAUUGUAUGGAACAAAAAAAUACAACAAAUUCUGCUGCAGAGUCUGAAUCCAAUGGCACAGUUUGUGUCGAAGGAUUGAAAAUUAAAGGCAGUACUGAUGAUAAGUCAUGUGGUGCAGCUACCAAGAAGCCCAAGAGUCUAAAACCAACUGAAGAUCAGCCUGAUAGAGAGAAGGUAACAGUACAGCUGAAAGACACAAAGAAUGCAGCAAAAUCAGGUGCAGAGGCAGAGUCUGACGGCACAGUUAUGGCCAAAGACCUGAAAGUUAACACUGAUACUGGUGAUCAAUCAUAUGGUGCAGCUACCAUGAAGCCUAAGAGUCUAAAACCAAUUGAAGAUCAGCCUGAUAUGGAGAAGUUGACCCCAGAUGGAAAAAUGGAUUCUGACCUGAAGGAUUCAAAACUUUUCUUAAAAUCUGCAUCAAAACAACCAUCAGAAAGCAAAGUUUUGUCUGAAGACCUGCAGGUCAGCGCUGAUGCUGAUGAUGAGCCCUUCAAUGACCCUGCAAGGCCUACAGAUUAUGGCAAAGUCGGCAAGGAGGACCUCCAGGUGUCUAAAGGUCUUCAGAAAAGUCAACUAAAACAAGCUGCAGACCUGAAUGAAUCAACAGAUUUAUCUCUGGAAGGUGUCAAUAAAGACGACAGAAAACCCUUGAGUCUAUCUGUUGCUCCUGAUCCACAAUCUGUAAAAAGUAAAAGAAAGAAAAUACAGCACCCACUUGAAGCUGAAAGCUCUGAUGUUCCUGAAUCUCUUACAAGCCCGCAGCAAAAUCUGGAUUCUCCAGAAACAAUAGUUUUAUCUAAAGAUGCUUCAGCUGAGUCGGAAUCACCCAAAGUAAUGGAAGCUGAUCCAAACGCUGAGAGCUUAGAACAAGAAAAGGUCGAGGAGAACCAAGACGCCACUUUGAACAAAGAGGGAGCAACAUCCACAGGAAGUAGGUCGUCGUCUUUGCGCCAGGAAUGCCUUGAACACGAUCAGCGAAUCGUAGCCCUGCUUUCCGCGGUCCGACACAUUGAAGUCCGCCUGAAACAGCAGCAGCAGCAGUCUGCGGGUCGCAGCCUCGUCACCUUAGACGACAUCAUCAGCCGGACUGAGAUGAUGGACCUUGAACUCUCCGGCUUAGAGCCUGAAAUAAGCAAAGAAGUUGAAGCUGCAGAGCGACUGUUGAGACCCAGACCUUCCGACGUUCCUCCACAGCUCCUACUGGCCUUGGAAAAAGAUGGGCGGAGCUUAUCUCGCGGAUACGAGGCUGCCCGGACGCUCUCAGAGAGCAUCCUGCUAAGCCUGCGACACCACAGGGACUCAUGCAAGGAUGCAGUAACAGCAGAGCAGAAAUCUCUGGGACAGUAUGUGGACAGGCUGCUGUCUUGGUUGAAUGAGACAGAGGCUCAGUUGGACGGAGGAACAACGGAGAAAACGGAGGGAGAGGACGGCCAGGCUGAGCUCACACAGCAGCUGAAGCUCUGCAAGGAGCUCCAGUCUUCACUGUCGACUCGCUCCAGCGAAGUCAACAGCCUGGUCUCAGACAUCCAGCUGUUCAUCUCUGAGCGCGCUCAGGACCUGGCCCCCGAGCAGAGCAGGCAGCUUCUGGGCCAGCUUCAGCAGCUGCAGACGGCCUUCCACCGAGCAUCGGGCCGAGCUCAGGCCCGGGCCGACGCUCUGUCCGCUCAGCGGAGCAGAGAGGAGGAGAGGCGGCGCAGGGAGAGGCUGAGGGAGGAGGAGGAGAAGGACAGAGAGAGGAAAAGUGCAAAGGAGAGAGAGGUGGUCCAACAGCAGAAAGCAGAGUGCUCUCAGAAACUGGAAGGUCUCAACAUGUGGUUGGCCGGAGCUGCAAGCCUGCUGGCCAAUCAGAGAGCUGGAAGAGAGUCAGGUGAUGUCAGCGACCUGCAAGAGAGACAGAAAAAACUAAAGGAAGUGCAGAAGGACCUGCAGUCUAAAGCUGCAGGUGUUGCUGAGGCCAUCCGGUCUGUGGAGGAGUUUCUGGCAGAGAAAGGAGAAAGUCUGAGCCCAGAGGAGAAGAAGAACCUUCAGAUGGCGCUGGAGAGACUGAAAGAGCAGUAUGGCGCCCUGACCGACUCUGCAAAUACGUCCCUGUCAGAGCUGGAUACAGCCAUCAGUACGACUGUCCAACAAAACACCCAGAGGGCUAAAGCGGUGGAAGAACUACAGGAAACACAAAGCCAGAUAGACUCCCUGCUGAACUCUCUCUCAUCAUUUAACAAACCCGAUCAGGUCGGAGCAAACCUGGAUGUGGUGGAUUCUGCCGUCUCACAGCCAGAGGGCGCUGUGGUGUCGCACACAGAGAUGCUGCAGUCGGAGCUCCAGCAGCUCCAGGCUCAGCAGGCACAGCUGCUCCAGGUAACCCAGGCUACGCGCUCCCUGCUGGACCAGCCAGACUCCACGGUUCCCCCCGAGGAGAAGCAGCGGCUGCGGGCUGCCCUGGACCAGCUGCAGGCCCAGCACCAUGACAGGCUGCAGAGCUGCCAGGAGCGUCUGAGGAAGUCGGAGGCUCUGAAGGAUGAGCUUUCCAAAUUCCUGCAGGAGCACGGGAACCUGGGUACUUGGCUGGAACAAAGUGAGCAGGAGAUGCGUUCCCUGGGGGAAGGAGAAACCGACGCACAGGGCCUGAAGGACAGGCUGGAGGAGCACAGAAAGCUCGGCGAGGACGUGAUCUGCCACAAGGCCGACCUUCGCUUUGUUUCCAUCUCCGGUCAGAAGGUUCUGGACUCGGUUCAGGGAGCUUUGGAGCAAGCCAAAGGUUCUGAUCCGUCUCUGGAAGGCAUCAAACAGCUGGUGUCUGACAAGCUGCAGGACGCCAACCACAGAUACACCACCCUGCACACCAAGUCGUCAGAGCUGGGCGGCCGUUUGUCCGGCCUGUUGGAGCGGUACCAGCAGUACCAGGAUGAAGUGGUCUCCCUUCAUUCCUGGCUCAGCACUCAUGAACAAAACCAAAGCGUCACCAAGUCCAGCAGUGACACCGACCCGCAGAACCUCCAGGACGCGCUGCGACAAGUUCAGCUGCUGCAGGACGAGCUGGCCGAGCGCUCGGUGCAGCUGGAGAAGGUGAAGAGAGCAGGAAGAGAUCUGGUCAGCACCGAGGAAUCUCCGUCUCUGAAAGCCGUGGACAUCCUCUGCGCCGCAGACGGGUUGGAGAAAAGAUUCGGCAGCCUUUCUGCGUCCGUCUCUGAGCGAGCCGAACAUCUGCAGACGGCUGUGGCUCAGUCUGUGAGCGUCCAGGAGGGCCUGAAGGGUCUGCUCAGCUGGCUGGACAAGCUGGUUCUGAACCCCAGACCAGUGAAACCCACAGCGCUGGCUGUGCAGGAUGCUCUGACCCAGAACCAGAAACUUCGGCAGGAGCUGCUCUCCAGGCAGGGCAGCGUGGAAGCAACCCGCGACUCCCUCUCCAAGCUCCUGCAGAGUUCUGAUGCGGCUGCAGCACCGGGCCUCCACGGCAGCCUGGACGAACUCACCCAGCGAUACACCGCAGCCCAGACCAGCCAGGCGGAGCGGGAAGCAGAGCUCAAAGGGCUGCUGCCCAGACUGGAGAGCUACGAGCGGCUGGGGACCGACCUCCAGGCGUUUACCCAGAGCAGACUGAAGGCCCUGAGCCCGGUGGGCCAGCCGGACCGCAGCAUGGGCGACUACAGACAGACCAUCGAGGAGGUAAAAUCUGAGCUGGAGCAGGAGACGGGCCAGCUGAAAUCCUUCUGCAACCUCGGCACCGAGCUCAGCCAAUCCAGAACCCUCAGUGAUACUCAGAGUCUUCUGGAUAACGUCAAAGGUGUGACUGAAGGGUUCACAAAGCUGGAAGAAAACGUCAAUGAAAGGUUCGCUGCCAUCCAGGCCUGCGAGCAGCAGCUGCAGCACUUCCGCAGCCUCUCAGGCUCCCUGGUCCGCUGGCUUCAGACCGCCCAGGACCAGCUGCCCUCCAAGGAGGCCGGCCUGAACACCGAGGGUCUGCAGAGGAGGGUCCAGCAGCUCCAGGAGCUGCUGAAUGAAUGGGAAUCACAAGGAUCCAGAAUCGGAGAGCUGAACAAGACCGGUUCCGAGUUGGAGUCUCUCAUCAUCGACGUGACGGCUCCUCAGACCAAAACCGGUGUUCCUCAGAUCAACGGCUCUGCUGGUCCCAGCAGCCUGAACGGCAUCCACACCUGUAAAGACCUUACGGAGCUGCAGUUGACAGUCUCCGAUGUCAACGCCCGUUACGACUCUCUGGGCAGCGAACUGAAGGAGCGUCUGAGCCGCCAGCAGGCCUCCCUGGAGCUCCGGCAGAAGGCCCGGCAGAACGCUGAGGAGCUGAGAAGCUGGCUGAGCGACAGAGAAAGAAGCCUGAAGGAGGGACAGGCCAGCUCCCCGUCUAAGCCUGAGCUGGUUCGUGCUCAGGCGCAGCAAAACAAGGCUCUGCUCUCUGAGCUGGCUGAGCACGCUGGGAAGGUGGAGGAGCUGAAGAGUACAUUAAGGAAACUAAUCACCGACAAUCCGGAUUCUCCUGAGGCUGACGGCUGGAGGCAGCAGCUGCAGGAGAUCGACUCCCGCUGGCAAACGGCCAAUCAGACGGCAGCUCAGCGGCAGACGGAGCUGGAGACGUGCGCCGACCGGCUGGGCAGCUUCGCCUCAGCAGCCAAUCAGCUGGGCCCCUGGCUGAAGGAGAAGGAGCUGAUGAUGAGCGUGCUGGGGCCCCUGAGCAUCGACCCCAACAUGCUGAACACCCAGAAACAGCAGGUUCAGUUUAUGCUGCGGGAGUUUGACACGCGGCGGCCCCAGUUUGACCAGCUGACCCAGUCUGCAGAAGGCAUCCUCUCUCAAACCGGUGACUCUGCUCAGGACCCCAGAGACUUGGAGGAGGUCCGGGCUGAACUGGGCUCCGUCUCCCAGCAGUGGGACGAUCUGACAGGCAGACUGACUCAGCGGUCGAGCCACAUUGAUCAGGCACUGGGAACCAGUGAAAGAUACCAGGGCCUCCUUAAGGAGCUCUCCUCCAGCAUUGCGUCCCUCAGCGAGCGGCUGGACGCCCAGGCCUCGCUCAGCGCCCAGCCCGAGGCGCUGAAACACAGGCUGCAGGAGACUGGAGAGAUCCGCUCGGAGCUGGAGCGACGGCGGACCGAACUGGCAGAGGCGGAGAAGCUUUGUGCCGAGCUCAGCGACAUCGUGGCCGAGCCGUACCUGAAAGAAGAGCUGAGUAAACGCCUGGAGAGCGUCAGCGCACCCCUGAGGAGCUUAGAGGAGAGAGCAGCUGACGGCCUCACGCAGCUCCAAGCCGCUCUGUCCUCCACUCAGCAGUUCCAGCAGAUGUUUAAGGAUCUGCGCUCGUGGCUCGAUCAGCAGUCCGAUCCCAAAGAAUCCCCCUCGGACUCCCUGCCCUGCCGACCCCAGGCCAUCCGCUCCCUCCUGGCUCAGACCGAGGAGCUGCAGCGCGGAGUCGCCAGCCAGAGGGGCUCCUACGAGCUGAUCCAGGCUGAAGGCGUGUCGCUGCUCGCCACCCUGCCCCUGGAGGAGAGGACCGCUCUGCAGUCCCGCCUGGCCUCGCUGAGGCAGGACUGGGAGGGACUAAACCACCGGAUCACAGAGCGAGAAACCAAACUGAAGAACACACUGAGCAAAGCAGAAACUUACCAACAGUACAAAGCUGAGCUCACGCCGUGGUUAGCAGAGUGUGAAGAGAAGGAUGAGGAGAUCCAACCGUCGCUGGAUCCAUCUGCGCUGGACGAAUCGCUGCAGAAAGCCAGGACUCUUUCCCUGGACCUGGAGAGACGGCAGCCCCUGCUGGAGGCUUUUAAUACUGCGGCCGAUCAGCUGCUGGAGCAGUGCUGCGUCGGCGAGGAAGAGUUACGAGAUGAGAAAGCACAGCUGAACCGGCGAGUGGACAGGCUGAGCGAGGGUCUCCUGAACCGGACGGCCCAGCUGGAGGAGCUGUCCAGCCGCCUGAAGGAGUUUGAGGAAGGCCGACAGGCCGUGGAGAGGAGACUGGAGGCCGCCAAGCAUCAGCUUGAAGUCCAAGAGGCUCUUGGACCUCAGGCAUGCAGCGCGAAAAGUCUGGAGCGACUGAGGAGUCAGCAGGAGAGCCUGAGGUCGCUGCAGCAUCAGGUGGUCUACCUCAAAGACCUGGCCCAGGGGCUGGUUCAGGACGCCCCCCAGACACCAGGGGGCAGCAGUGAGGGAGCCCGCAGGCUCCAGGAGCAGGCCAAGGAGGCAGAGGAGGAGUAUGCCGAGGUCACUGAUAAGAUCGAACAGUGCUGCUCUUCCCUGGAGUCACGCCUGCAGGGUGUCGGCGAAGUCCAGACUCACGUGCGGGACGUCUUCUCCCGCCUCGCUGACCUUGACGAUGAACUGGACUCUCUGGGUCCCGUUGGACGUGAUGCAGACUCCCUGGCGUCGCAGGCCGAUGCCGUGAAAAGCUUCUUGUCCCGCCUCUCCGACCUCAGGACGGAGCUGGAGGGACACUCCACAGAGUGCACCUCCAUGCUGAGGAGAGAGGGCUCCUCGCCUGACCUGCUGGCUCUCAGGAGGGAGACAGAGGCGUUGAGUCGGCAGGCUGGGAAGUUGAGUGAACGCGGCCAGGCCAGGCUGGUUCAGAUCGAAGACGCGGCCGAGAGAGUCCAGGACUUCUACCGGCUGGUGGCGGAGCUGCAAGGCAUGCUGGGAAGAGCUGAAGAAGGGCUGAACUCUCAGGGAGCGGUCGGCACGGAGGUGGAGAUGAUCAAACAGCAGCUGCUGGAGUUUAAGACGGUGGAGCGUGAGCAGGUGGACGGCAUCCAGCCGAAGCUGCAGCACAUCAACGCCGUGGGUCAGGGUCUGAUCCAGAGCGCCGCCAAGCUCACCGACACCCAGGCGCUGGAGCACGACCUGGAGACCACCAACCUACGAUGGAACUCGCUCAACAAACGGGUUGCGGAACGAAUUGCUCAGCUGCAGGAGGCCCUGCUGCAUUGUGGGAAGUUUCAGGAUGCACUGGAGCCUCUGCUCAGCUGGCUCAGUGACACAGAGGAGCUGGUAGCCAAUCAGAGACCUCCCUCUGCUGAAUACCGCGUAGUAAAGGCGCAGAUCCAAGAGCAAAAGAACACCAAUAAAAGUGCUCGUCCUCAUCUGUCUUCAUCUCCUUCAUCGCUUCUCAGGCAACGGCAACUAGAGGAGCUGCAGGUUCUGGCUCUUCAGUUCCACGAAGCCCUGGAGCCGCUCGGAGAAUGGCUGAGCGCUACCGAGAGACGCCUGAGCUCCGCCGAGCCCAUGGGAACCCAAACGGCCAAGAUCAGCCAACAGAUCGUCAAGCACAAGGCGCUCCUAGAGGACGUUUCCUCCAGAGAAGCCGAGGUUGACCGCCUGGAGUCCCUUGGCCAGUCGCUGUCCCCGCUCAGCUGCGCAGCCGAUAGGGAUUGGCUGCGGGAGCGUGUGGGGGCGGUGAGGUCGGGUCACUCCGAGCUCGCCGAUUGGUGCGCUCGGCGGGCAGCGCUGCUGGAUCAGGCGCUGGCCAACGCGCAGCUGUUUGGGGAAGAAGAGGUGGAGGUGCUGAACUGGCUGGCGGAGGUGGCUCAGAGACUCAGUCAGGUCUCUGUGCAGAGCUACCUGCCCCAGCAGCUGGCUGAGCAGCACAAACACACACUGGCUCUUAAUGAAGAAAUCCUGAGCAGGAAGAAAACAGUAGAUCAGGCCAUCAAGAACGGCCAAGCUUUACUCAAACAGACCACAGGCGAGGAAGUCCUCCUGAUCCAGGAGAAGCUGGACGGGAUCAAGUCCCGUUACGCCGAGAUGACGGCCGGCAGCAGCAAGGCCCUCCGCACGCUGGAACAGGCCCUGCAGCUCUCAACACGCUUCGCCUCCGCACACGAUGACCUCAACCUGUGGCUGGACGGCGUAGAGGCGGAGCUUAACAAUGUGGAGCCGGACUCCUCACCUGCCUACCAGGAGAGACAGAAGGAGCUGAAGAAAGUGUCGGCUGAGAAGCGGCUGGUUCUGGACACGGUAAACGAGGUGGGCAGCGCUCUGCUGGAUCUGGUGCCGUGGCGAGCACGCGAAGGCCUGGACCGGCUUGUCGCCGACGCCAACCAGCGUUAUCGGCAUGCAGAUGAGACCAUCACUCAGCGUGUGCAGCUGGUGCAAGCUGCCAUCCAGAGGUCGCAGCAGUACGAGGAGGCGGUGGACGCAGAGCUGGCCUGGGUCGGGGAGACCGAGCGUAAGCUGACGUCUCUGGGCCCCCUGAGUCUGGAGCCCGACGUCACGGUGGCUCAGCUUCAGGUGCAGAGAGCCUUCAACAUCGACAUCAUUCGACACAAAGACACCGUUGAUCAGCUCCUCAGAGUCAGAGACGAAGUUCUGGAAGCCUGCAGCGACGCUCAGAAGGACGCUCUGAUGGUGAAAACGGAUUCUCUGAGCACGCGCUACGAUGCGGUGAGUCAGAGCCACAGCGAGCGGUUCUCAGCUCUGGAGCAGGCUCAGGUCCUGGUGGCUCGGUUCUGGGAGACCUAUGAGGAGCUGGAGCCGUGGCUGGGUGAGACCGAAGCCCUCAUCGCCCAGCUCCCGCCUCCAGCUAUCGACACAGACGCUCUCCGGCUGCAGCAGGACCAGAUGAGGCUGCUCAGAGAGUCCAUCGCCGAGCACAAGCCCCACAUCGACAAGCUGCUGAAGAUCGGACCGCAGCUGGCGGAGCUCAGCCUCCAGGAGGGGGAGACAGUGAGGCAGCGCUACACCCAAGCAGAACGACGCUACCUGGCCAUCAAAGAGGAGGUGAAAGGUCGCGCAGGAGCUCUGGAUGAGGCGGUGUCUCAGUCUGCACAGCUGCUAGAGUUCCACGACAAGAUGGACCCGCUGCUGGAGACUCUGGAGGGGGCGGUGCAGAGGCUCCGCCUGCCCCCUCCGGUCGCCGCCGAGGUGGAGAAGAUCCGGGAGCAGCUGGCGGAGCACCGGGCUCAGGGGCUGGAGCUGGACAAGCUGCUGCCGAGCUUCUCCGCCCUCUGCUCGCGUGGGGAGGAGCUUAUCGGCAGAGCGGCUCACGACGAUCCGGCUGCUGAGGCCGUGCGCUCCCGCCUCCUGCGCCUUCGUUCUCUAUGGGAUGAGAUCCGCCAGCGAGCCGAGGAAAGAGAGACCAAGCUGAACGACGUCCUGGACCUAGCCGGGAAGUUCUGGGCCGAUGUGGCGGCUCUACUGAGCACGCUCAGAGACUCCCAGGAUAUCGUGAGAGAGCUGGAGGACCCUGGGGUGGACCCGUCGCUCAUCAAACAGCAGAUCGAAGCAGCUGAGGCCAUCAAGGCGGAGACGGACGGCCUGAGGGAGGAGCUGGAGUUCGUCCGGACGCUUGGAGCUGACCUCAUCUUCGCCUGUGGAGAAACUGAGAAACCUGAAGUGAAGAAGACUAUAGAUGAGAUGAACGGCGCCUGGGAGGGUCUGAACCGAACAUGGAGGGAGAGGAUGGAGCGGCUGGAGGAGGCCAUGACCGCCUCUGUUCAGUACCAGGAUGCCCUGCAGUCGAUGUUUGACUACCUGGACAACGCUGUGAUCAAGCUGUGCGACAUGUCGACUGUAGGAACUGAUCUGGGAACAGUCAAGCAGCAGAUAGAGGAGCUAAAGCAGUACAAGGUGGACGUGUACCAGCAGCAGAUUGACAUGGAGAAGCUCUGCCACCAGGGGGAGCUGCUGCUGAGGAAAGUGUCAGAUCAGACUGAUCGGGACAUGAUCCAGGAGCCGCUGACUGAACUGCGCCACCUCUGGGAAAACCUGGGCGAGAAAAUCACCCAAAGACAGCACAAGCUGGAGGGCGCCCUGCUGGCUCUGGGUCAGUUCCAGCACGCUCUGUCUGAGCUGCAGGCCUGGCUGAACCACACUCACACCACUCUGGACACGCAGCGACCCGUCAGCUCCGACCCGAAAGCCAUCGAAAUCGAGCUGGCUAAACACCACGUUCUGCGUAACGACGUGCUGUCCCAUCACGCCACGGUGGAGACCGUGAACAGCGCCGCCGCCGAGCUGCUGGAGUCCUCCCCGGGCGACGAGGCAAGCCACCUGCGGGAUCAGCUGGAUCAGCUCAACGGGAGCUGGGAGAGUCUGCUGCUGAAAACCAAGGAGCGACAGAAGCUCCUGGAGGCCGCCCUGCAGCAGGCUGAAGGUUUCCAUGGUGAGCUGGAGGAGUUCCUGCAGUGGCUGAGGAGGACGGACAGCCAGCUGUCUGCAGCCAAACCAACAGGAGGCCUCCCAGAGACCGCCAGGGAGCAGCUACAGCAGCACAUGGAGCUCCAGGCUCAGCUGAAUCAGCGAGCAGAGCAGUACCACCGCCUGCUGGACCAGGGGGAGUCCAUGCUGCUGGCCCGCGGAGGAGAGGAAGCGGGACCUGGAACCACCCAGACCCAGCAGAACCUGGCCAUGCUGCAAAACAAGUGGGCCGGCCUCAACACCAAGAUGGACGACCGCAGAGCGAAGCUGGAGGAAGCUGUUUCCUUGGCAACGGGUUUCCAGACAUCCCUGCAGGACACCAUCAACUGGCUGACGCAAGCUGAACAGACCCUGAACAUGGCGCAGCCCCCCAGCCUCAUACUGGACACCGUCCUUUUCCAGAUAGAUGAGCACAAGGUGUUUGUGAACGAGGUGAACACCCACAGAGAGCAGGUCCUGGCUCUGGAGAAGGCUGGUUCUCAGCUUCGCUUCGCCAGCCUGAAGCAGGAUGUGGUUCUGAUCAAGAAUCUGCUGCUCAGUGUCCAGGCCCGCUGGGACAAGCUGGUGCAGCGGUCCCUGGACCGGGGCCGGCAUCUCGAUGAGGCCCGGAAACGAGCCAAGCAGUUCCAUGAGGCCUGGAGGAAGCUGACAGACUGGCUGGAGGAAGCCGAGAAAAGACUCGAUUCUGAGGUGGAGAUCUCCAACGAACCGGACAAGAUCAAAGUCCAGCUGACCAAACACAAGGAGUUUCAGAAAGCGUUGGGGUCCAAGCAGCCCGUCUACGACACGACGGUGAGGUCUGGGAAGGCCAUGAGGGACAAAGCUCAGCUGCCUGCAGACCAGCAGAAACUGGACCACCUGGUGGGGGAGGUCCGGGAUAAAUGGGACACCGUCUGUGGCAAGAGCGUAGAAAGGCAGCACAAGCUGGAGGAGGCUCUGCUGUUCUCAGGUCAGUUUGCCGAAGCUCUACAGGCUCUAGUGGACUGGCUGUACCGCGUGGAGCCCCAGCUGGCUGAAGACCAACCCGUUCACGGCGACAUGGACUUGGUUUCCAACCUCAUGGAUGCACACAAGGCUUUCCAGAAAGAAUUGGGCAAGAGGACCGGCAGCGUUCAGGCUCUGAAGCGGUCAGCUCGGGACCUGAUGGAAACCGGGCGCGACGACACGGCGUGGGUUAAGGUUCAGCUUCAGGAGCUCAGCAACCGCUGGGAUACAGUGUGUGCCCUGUCCGUCACCAAGCAGACCCGCCUCCAGCAGGCGCUCAAACAGGCGGAGGAGUUUCGCACAGCCGUCCAGAUGCUGCUGGAGUGGCUGUCAGAGGCAGAGCAGACGCUCCGUUUCCGCGGCGUCCUCCCCGAAGAGGCCGAGACGCUGCAGGCGCUGCUGCACACCCACCGGGACUUCAUGGGCACGGUGGAGGAGAAGAGGUCCGACGUUAACAAGGCCGCUGGCAUGGGGGAGGGCAUCCUGACUGUAUGCCACCCCGACUCUAUCACCACCAUCAAACACUGGAUCACCAUCAUCAGGGCACGCUUUGAGGAGGUGCUGACGUGGGCCAAACAGCACGAGCAGCGGCUGGAGACGGCUCUGACAGAGGUGCUCAACAACGCCAACCUGCUGGAGGAGCUGUUGUCAUGGUUACAGUGGGCCGAGACCACGCUGGUCCAGAGGGACACGGAGCCGCUGCCUCAGGACAUCCCACAGCUGAAAACACUCAUCACAGAGCACCAGACCUUCAUGGAGGAGAUGACCAGGAAGCAGCCAGACGUGGAUAAAGUGACAAAAAGCUACAAAAGGAAACCAGCGGAGCCUCCCAGCAGCCUGGCUGAGAGGAGAGGAGCUCGUAAACACCAGCAGCAGCAGCAGCACCAGCAGCAGCCGAGCAUGCAGGUUUCAGGGGGAAACCCGCGCCUCAACCAGCUCUGCGCGCGCUGGCAGCAGGUGUGGCUGCUGGCUUUGGACCGCCAGCGUAAACUCAAUGACGCUCUGGACCGGCAGGAGGAGCUCAGAGAAUUUGCAAACUUUGACUUUGACGUCUGGAGGAAGAAGUACAUGCGCUGGAUGAACCACAAGAAGUCGCGCGUCAUGGAUUUCUUCAGACGCAUCGAUAAAGACCAGGAUGGAAAGAUCACGAGGCAGGAGUUCAUCGACGGCAUCUUGGCCUCCAAAUUCCCAACCAGUAAGCUGGAGAUGUCGGCCGUGGCGGACAUCUUUGACCGAGACGGAGACGGUUACAUCGACUACUACGAGUUUGUGGCGGCGCUUCACCCCAACAAGGACGCCUACAGGCCGACCACCGACGCCGAUAAGAUAGAGGACGAGGUGACCCGGCAGGUGGCCCAGUGUAAGUGCGCCAAGAGGUUCCAGGUGGAGCAGAUCGGAGAAAACAAAUACAGGUUCUUCCUCGGAAAUCAGUUCGGCGACUCUCAGCAGCUGCGUCUGGUCCGGAUCCUGCGCAGCACGGUGAUGGUGAGAGUCGGCGGGGGCUGGAUGGCUCUGGACGAGUUCCUGGUCAAGAACGAUCCGUGCAGAGUUCAACAUCCAGGACUUAAGAUCCUCCGCUCCGAUUCCAGUAGCUCCAUCUCAUCUCGUAUAGCUCGAGGUCGCACCAAUCUGGAGCUGAGGGAGAAGUUCAUCCUUCCUGAAGGAGCCUCUCAGGGCCUGGCCGCGUUCCGAUCGAGGGGCCGGCGCUCCAAACCGGGCUCCCGUAACGCAUCCCCCACCCGGUCCUCGUCCUCCGCCUCCCACAGCGGUGCCUCUCUGCCCUCGGCUCCUUCCACGCCCGCCACACCAACAGCUUCGGCAUCAUCCAGGUCCUCCCACACCCACUCGCGUGACUAUGCCAAGCCCUGGCUUGCACACAGUAAAACUCCAACGCCAUCCAAGUGCCACUGCUGCCCAGAUCUUGGUCACAACCACAGCGCUCCUGGGCACGAGGGGGCGCCGUCCGGGUCCAAACUAAAGAGGCCCCCGUUCCACUCGAGCCGAGGCUCGCUGACUGGAGAGAACGGAGGAACGCCGCACAGCAGCAAACGCACAGAUCCAAAGCGAGGGGCGGCGACCGCCAGCGGCCCCACCAGCCGAGCCGGCAGCAGAGCGGGCAGCAGGGCCAGCAGUCGCCGCGGCAGCGACGCCUCGGACGCCUCCGAGCUUCAGGACUCUCGUUCCGUCUGCUCAGACACUUCGGACACGCCGCGGCGGCCCGGCAGCGGAGCCAAACCUUCCAAGAUCCCGACUAUAUCAAAGAAGGCCCCCAGCCCAAAGACCCCGGGGUCUACAAAGAAGUAAAACCUGUAGAAACUUUAUUCCUGGUGAUUCCUCCGUUAAGAAAGGCCGGGCUGCGUCUGCUGGACGUCCAUCCAGAGGGCUUGUCUGCAUAUUCUGCACUAAGACUGAUGGUUUUUCAGGGAAAGAAGGAGACGUUGAUCUCGAUCUCCCUCUCUCUCCUUUCCCAGUCCUGAAGGCCUGUUAAGAUGCACAAGAGGAGAACGGUUCUGGUCCGGUUCAGGUCCAGGCCAGAAUCUAUGGGGUCAACGCCAACUUUUCCCCUUUAAGACCCCAGUUUGCCUUCCAGUCUCCUCCACCUCUUAAGACGUUCCCUGAAACACGGACUGACGUGAUGCUGCCUUACUUUAUGUUACAAACUUUUGUCCCGAUCCGACGGGGGGAGGACAGACUUCAACCUGCUUUAUACUGACAAACACACAUUUCCUGGGAGAGGCGGGGCAGAGAGUGGGGAGCGCUGCCACCACAGCUACACAAACAGAAAAAGAAUUGUGGGAGAAUUAUUUUUACUUGUGGUCCAGAUGCCUCAAGGAUGCGUCAACAAAGAAAAUAUGCAACGACUGCCAUGUCGCUUCCUCUGGACCGAUUGGCGAGAAAACAGUCACCUCAGCAGUGGCGAGCUGAGGAGACGCAGUGAGACACACACACACGGUGGAGCUGGUGCAGCUGAGGGUAAAAACUCACUGAAGCACCACACAGCGGCCUACCCCCCCACCCACCGCUGGAACGCUCCCCUCAGCCACAUGCGUGCAUUUCAGCAAAGGGCGGCGCGUUUCUUUUCUUUUUCCCCCACUCUCACCCAGAAUUCACAAGCUAGCAAUAGAAAGGACUCUUAUGGUGACAACUAACAGCACAUUACUGACAAUACGCCACACGUGUAACCUUAACGUGACGUUAACAUGCGUGUUCGCAGAGUUCGACAACCAGCAUGCACUAACUCCCCCCCCCCCAACGCUGCACAGAAAAACACUCACAUGUACCGUGUGUCUGUUACAGGAAGCAGCAGAGGUCAUUUACUUGAGUCACUGUAUGCAAAAAAAGAUUAAUUUACAAAUGUUUUUUCUGAUUAAUUUAUAAUCCUGAUGGACUUUUUGUUGUUUAGCUUGAAAUACAGGUUUAUUUAUUUUCAGUUUUACGUCAUAUCACCGUCGGCAGUGCGUGGUUUAGUAUUAUGGUUAAAGAAAUUCAGUUUUCUAUCAUGAAGAUGUCCACUUUGCUUUUUUUUUGACAUGGUUUGUGUGUAAAAAGUGUGUUUCUACUCUGUUGUGAGAUUACAUUACUCACCAGGGCGCCCUCUAGUGGCAGCCUUGUUAGGUUUUUCUUUAUGGCUAACGACUACAUUUUCCUGACCAAAGGGGUUUGCCCUUCAUGCGUAGAGAUGAACCACAGAUAUGAAUGAUGAGGGGGGAGGUCGGACUGAGGGGGGAGUCUCUCCUUUCAUGUUCUCUCCUCCCUAGAAUCUCUUCAAGACUUUUCCUCAAGAUGUCCCGUCGUGGACGGGGCAGAGUUAUCGAAGUGUUUUUUGUUUGUUUUUUUCAAUCUUAGAGAUGAAGUUUAUGGAAACUAAUGAAAUUACAUCAAUAAGACAUCUUAAGGUGAUUUUUAUUUAUUUAUUGUCUCUCUGAGGGGAAGGGAUGAGGGUCUUUAUGGUGGAGAUGAUUAGUCCACCACCUUUUUGAUGCUGCACUCCUCUCUGUGUGAUGAAGUCAAUGUGGAGGGGGGGAGGGGGGUGUUACAGGGA